AUGUUUUCAUCAGGUAGUCCCAAACCCUCCUCUGGGGGUACACAACGAAGCAAUACCUCUCUUUCUAAAGUGCGGUCAUUGAUUUACAGUGACUCUCUCGAACUCAUCUCGAACCCUGGAAGCGCGAAAUCAAGUCGGAAACUUAUUCCUCCAAUUGAUGAUCAUGUUGUUCAAGCCUUUAAACCAGUCAAAACUGGCUUGCCCUUGCACUUUGCGAAUGGUUCCUUAGGAGAAAUGGAGAAUUUGAACACGAUUGACCACGAUGGACUAUCUGCUCUUCAUCGAGCUGUUCGUGUUAAUAAUAUCCAGGAUGUAAAAAAUAUGUUGGAUUGUGGUGCGGAUAUAAACUUCAAGGACAAAGAUGGAUUUACGCCAAUUCAUACUGCUGUGAGGUAUGUGGGAUUAAUUAAUGCACGGAUUUCUAAAGGGGUGAUAGAGGAAAUGCAAAUAAGAUACAUACUAGCUUGGUGUGCCCUUGUUAUCUGGCAGGCUAAGGCGUACUUUGAGUGUGCACGUGCGCACUUAAAAAGACGGAGAUUGAUAAAAACAAAAGCAAAAACAACAAAACAGAAAACUAAGCAGAGGAAACAAAACAGAAGAGAAGAAACAAAAAAGGAAAAGAAUAGAAGGAGUAAGCAACAGGUAAAAAAAAUAUAUUCUCCUACGUAUCUCCUCGAAUUUCUGUUUCAACUACUAAGGAAAAGCAAAAUGCAGUGUUUCCCCCGAUUUUGCUACACGUGAACACGCGAAGGCCGUGACUGCUACCUGCCGCAUACUGCCCUACGACAAAGAAAGAUGAUUUAUUGACCUCACCCAAUGGAAAGGAAAGAAAAUUUAUUCAAAUCUCCCGCAAGAUAAACGAUUAAGGAGACUCCGGGUUAGAUUAAGAAAAACUGUGCUGAAAAAUUCCUUAGUUAUUUCGUAGCUCUUUGAGUUUGUUCCUUUUACCUCACCUCUUACGUGGGAUUUAUAUUAUGUAUCCUAUCCAGUAAGGGCCAUCCGUGUGAAUGACCUUGUCUUUCAUUCAGGAAUGGGUUUUGUUCCAGAAUCGCCCUAUUUUUUUCACGUUGUAAGGGAUGAACCAUUAGAAAACUUAUUGGGGGGGGGGGGGGGGGGGGGGGGGGGGGGGACAUUAAAAAAAAAUUUUUGGGGGAGGGGAACAAUAAAAGAAGAAAAAAACUCAUAAAGGGAAAACGAGGUGUAAGGGAAAAAGGAAAAAAACCCGGGUGUCCCUCAAUACUUAAAAAAAAAAAACGAGAUACAAAGCAGUCGGCAUUACUAAAAAAAAAAAAAAGAAAAGCAAACAUAAAAACACACAAAACUACAUCAGCUGAGGGUGACACGCGGGGCAGCGAGGAGCAUGGGGAUAAGACGAGCACGAAACGAAAAACCCUCAAGCAGCAGCAACACACCACUCUUGUGCCUUCAGGCGGGAGGCGGAGGGAGGGGGGGGGGGGGGGGGGGGGGGGGGGGGGGGGGGGGGGGCGAAGUACAAAAAAAUAUGUUCGCGCAAGGGAAAAUUAAAUGAAGAAGAAAUUCAUACACGCCAAUUAACCCUAAAAAAUAUUCAUACUAUGGCCUAAAAAAAAUUCAUACAAGGAAUUUGAUAACGAAAAAAAAUUCCUGCGGCUCAAAAAUUCCCCACUCCCCCCAUAACUUUUCUAAUGGUCCGUACCUAAUCUGAUUUCAUCGUAAUCAAAUUUCUAGCCAUAGAAUGCCAAAGGUAUACACUUUUUUUCCUUGAUCCAAGCUUUGUCAGAGUUUUAAAAAUAAACCAAGAAACCGGUGACACAGCUUCUUUAAGAACUACUGAAACGAACAUUGGGCUCAAAAAUUGAAACCAUUUUUUGGCAGUGGUAUUCAUCAACCUACCAAAUAGAAACAGGACGACCCGGACUUCGCUGUUUGCAUUGUCUACUUUUUCUCUCUCUUCAGUUUGAUUUAGAUUUUUGCUGCCGACCGCUCUUACGGACUAGAUGGGGAAAACAAUUUUUUUUGUACGGAAUUUCAUUAAAUUUUCAUUGUACUUUCUCAAAUAUUUGAUUUAUUUAAGGUUCGAAAGAACAGAGGUGAUCAAGCUUCUGCUUGAAAGGGGAGCGGACCCACUAAUAGAGAACGAAGUUGAAAUGUCAGCACUGGAUUCAGCCGUACGUACCCGCGACGUGGAGAUAUGCAUCCUUCUUCUUGAAAAGCAAAGGGUGAAAAAUUACCUAAGGCAAGGAAAUUUAAAGCCCUUAUUUAUAGCCUGUCAUGACGGAAAACGAGAAGUUUGUGAGUUGUUUUUAAGGUAUGGAGUCGAUCUCACUCGCCCAGGAUUUCGGGGAAGCACUCCUCUGCACACUGCAGCUUUUCAGGGACAUGAAGACGUGUGUGAACUAUUCAUUGAAACAGGUAACAUAACCUGUACGAAAAUAAAAGUUGAUAUUGCGGUUAAAAAGAUACCGUAAAAUUCCGAAAAAUACCCCCCCGCCCCCCAUGUAUAAGCCCCUCCAAAUAUAAACCCCUCAAACUCGUAACACAAAAAACCUUCCGUGAACCUGAAUCGCCCCUCGGAAUAUAAGUCCCCAGGGGGCUUGUACUUGGACAUUGUCCUCAAAUAUACAAAGUAAAACAAAGCAAAAACGGUAAAUUUACUUCCAACUAUAAGGCCAGCCCAAUCGAUUUUGAAACGCAAAUUCCCCUCCGUACAUGAGCCCCUCCGAAUAUCAGCCCCUCCAAAAAUAAGCCCCUCAAAAAGAGCCUUUGAAAAAUAUAAGCGGCGGGGCUUAUUUUCGUAAUUUUUUGAUUAAAAAUAACCGAGGGAUAGUGAAGAUGUUUUGUCAGUUAAAAGCUAUAAUGAUUAUAAUUUAUGAUUCGUUGCUCUGGAAGGAAUAGCAAAGAAUAUCCGAGAAAAUACUUUGGAGCAAAAGAAGAAAGAAAUCCGAAUUAGAUUUUUUCCCUGAGUUAGUGCUAAUCGGCCUUCAAACAACUGAGCUCCGGUGAAUAAUUGGGAAAUAUCAUAUAUUUGUUGUUAUAUUUGCUUAACACUCAAGCGGGCUCCAUCCUUGGGAAACUAUUAUUUUAAUUGUCAUUUUUCCAUUUUCACGCUUAAAUUUAAAGCACUUUUCAUACUUCCUUUUUCUGUACAUUGAUCAUUUUCACCGAGACCAUAAUGCACCAUGUUUACUCCCCAAAAUUUUACAUAACCAAUGUUGCAGGGUAUGACGUCGUCUCAAGAGAAAUCGAAGACAAAAUUGGUGGUGGUGUUGGGGGCGGGGGGCUUUGUGGGGGAGGGGAAGUAAGCCAAGCGUAUUUUGGUCUCUGUGAAAAUGGUUCGUGCAUAUAUUCACUUAUCACGUUUCAAUUUCAAUUUCUUAGCUUGUGAUAAUUGAUGACAUGAAGCCAAGCGCUUUAAUUUUUUUUGAAACAGCAUCCAAAACCCUGCAAGACCUUGGUGGAUUUGUGAAUUCAAAAAACACAGAAGGCAAUACUCCUCUUCACUACGCCUGCAUCGGAGGCCACCUGGGAGUGGGAGAACUUUUACUACGACACGGCGCGGAUCGUGACGCUGUUAAUUUCACAGCAUCUGCUUCACCGCUCCAUUUGGCGGCAAAACACGGCCACUUGUCAAUGGUAGAGCUACUUAUGCUGUAUAAUGCAGUUACUGACAACAGAGAUGGCAAACUAAGGACACCGCUACAUAGGUAUAGUGGGUUGGGAUUUAUUUUCGGUGUUAUUGCGGAAAUGAAAGUUCUGGAUUAUUGUCCAAAAGACAAGUAGUUAAGAAAAGCGUGUUUUGGUAGGAGUAAUGCUUGUGUAAACGUAUGGAAGAAUGUCUAACCAUUGCAUUACUGGUUAUUAUUAUUAUUAUUAUUAUUAUUAUUAUUAUUAUUGUUAUUAUUAUUAUUAUUAUUAUUUUAUCAUUAAAUUGAUUCAAUAUGUAGAUUAGACAAUGAUAAAAGCCAAGCUCCCAUAAAGACACUCAUAAUAAAUUUCAAACAAUUAACUCAAAGACGUUGCAAAGAAAUCCAUAAAACCUAUACUUAACUUUUGAGGUGUUCCAUUUCCCUUUUGUUUAGAAAAGCUGGGUGAGUUUAAGAAAAAAAAUAUCCGCAAACAGACCUGGAACGUGCAAAAAUCUUGCAUCGAGUUAAUAGUCUUGCAUUUUCACCCUGCACUCCCAUCGCCUCCCACCCACAGGCGUCCACACUAGCUAGAUUGGCCUUUCUGUGAUACGGACGGAUGGGCGGACGAGCUUACUACCAAAAUUUCCUCGGGUGAAUAUAGCUUAUAUAGAAAACCAUAUUUAUUGAACUUGAUUUGAAUGUAUUUCAGAGCACUCAACUCUUAGAGGAACAUUGACAAUUGUAAUAAACUGUUCCAUGCUUUGGGGGUUACGCAGCUAACAGGCAUCAUUUUCACAAUGACCAUAUUCAACUUUUCAGUUGCAAUUUAAUUUACUCGAAUAGGAAUUUUUUAUUCGGUGGAUAACACGCACGCGUCGUAGUUGUCCUUUAACCCUUUUAUUUCAUUUCCAGCGCAGCAGAGUUUAAUCACAGUCAAACAGUAAAGUUUUUGAUCGAGUGCGGAGCUGAAUUAGAAGCGAAGGACAUUCUGGAGAUGACACCUUUUCUAAUGGCUGUGACCCGUGGAGCUGUGGAAUCUGCCAAGAUGUUGGUAGACCAUGGAGCGGACAUUUUUGCAACUGACUUUUCAUUAAAUAGUGCUGUUCAUUUGGCUAUUAUGUACAAAAAACCUGAAAUGUUGAAAUUAUUGAUAGAAGUGGACAAGGAUCGAGUUUUAGUUGAAAUGAAGGACAAAGAUAAGAGGAAUGUGCUUCACCUGGCCUGUGGACAGGACAAUUCUGAGGUAUUCUUCUGUUAUUAUUUCGUUAACUUUGUCAUUAAUUUAUUUUAUUCAUGGAACGAGAGAAUAGGCAAAACCGUUUUCUUUAGGUUAUCAUUUUACCUUUCAGAAAUUAAUGUUAAGGUUUCCACAAGUGAAGAAAAAUGUUGAAAAUUAAUUAUACCACAGAAUACCACGUAAACAUUAAUCUCCAUAAUAUACAGUCAUUGCCCUGGUCCAGAACAUGAGGUAGGGAACCGUAACUGUUGUCUAAGCGUUUCUCCUCCCUUGUUUUUACUGUCGGUAACGCGGCACUUGAAUUAAAUUAGCCCCCCCUCUCUGUUAAGCACCCUCCCCCUCUAAAACGUGCUUGAAAUAAAUAAGUCACCAAGGUAUAGGAUUACUGUAUUUAUUUUGCAUUGGGCACGAACCUCAUCAAAAAUGAUAAAACAAAAACAGAGCGUUUUUUUCGCGAGAUCUCUCAUUUCUCGUUUCAAAAUUGCACACUUAUCGGUCUCGAAUUUUCUUUUUAAGAUGUUGACAAUUCUUCUGGAAAAUAAAGUGUGUGUAAGAGGGCGUGACAUGCAGGAGAAGAUACCCAUUCACAUCGCAGCUGAAAAUGGUUCACUAGAUUGUGUGGUGACGCUCGCCAAAUACCCAUUAUUUGCAAGUUAUGUAGAUCAAAGGGAAGCUCGUGGAAUGACAGCUCUUCAUUUCGCCGCCAACAAUAAACACGCGUAAGUAUGAAGAAACAAGUACCCAAAUCUAUACAAUAAUAAUCUGCAUUUUUCCUGCAUAUGCUCUCUGGGGUGCAGGGAAGAUACCGGGCGCAGAGGAGGGGGAACUUUGGAGUAAGCAUGUGUAACCUAACUUGGUGUGUUUUGUAACCAGUCGGCAAAUUCAUACAUCCUACAGGAGACUGCGUGUAUACUGUUUACAAACAUUGUUUUUUUUAUUUAUUUGAAUUUGUAACAAGUGAAACAAAAUAAUCUUUUGUUACAUGCGCUUCUGGCUGACCCAUGAAUAUCGAUAGGUGAACCUCUUGAGCUUGUUAUGGUCUUAACCCCGGAGGUUUUCCGGGACGUUUCUAAAACGCCUUAGGGAUAAGGUAACUGGUCUCAUCAGCCUACGGCCCCCCUCCUCCGCCCCCCCUCCCACCACACCCCCCCACCCCCGUCCUCCUCUCCUCCCCCCCCCACCCCCCUCGCAACCCCCCUCCACGCCCCAUUUUUUUUAACUGCGGUUCUGGUGGCCCCAUUAAAUUGUGAGAUGACACCUCUUAGCGUUUGUUUGUCCUUACCCCCGGGGGUUUUCCGGGGAUUUCUUAAACCCCCUUGGGGUAAGGGAACCGGGGCCCACCCCCCCCCCCCCCCCCCCUCCCUCCUCCUCUCCUUCGGAUCUCACCCACAAACUGUCAUUUUCUCUUAUAGUUUCCCUUUGGGCAAGAGAUUUCACCAAAACUGAUUUCUUAGCUAGCAAUCCCCCAUCCCUACUUAUAAAAGAAGUCACGGUCGAAGUGUGCCUUAAGCCUUGGCUCAUGAACAUAUAUAUAUAUUUUUUACGGUGUUUUUCCUGUUAAAAAUUUUGGUUCCAGAAAGACGUGUGAAUUCCUGAUUUCAAAGGGUUCGGAUGUCUCAGCUAAAUGCAUGAACAAUGUGACGCCCCUUCACUUGGCUGUUACGGUGGGAUCCUUAGAGACAGUCAUUGUUUUAAUGAAUCCCUUUUUGCCGAGUACACUGGAAGAGAAGGACAGUGAUGGAAACACUCCUCUUCAUCUCGCAUGCAGAUACAACCGCCUUGGUGUGCUGCAGUUUCUUUUAGACAGAGGUGCCGACGUCACAGCCAGAAAUGAGAGAAAUAUGACCUGUAUAGAUGUAGCGAUCGAGUGGGAAGCGGAGGAUGUGGCAAAGACACUUGUGAAACAUCAAAGGUACAUUUUAAGAGAAAUCUCUCAUAUCCAACCCCAUCGGGGAGGGGAGGGGGUAUUCCGGAUUUUAAGUGACGGGGAUGAUCAAACGGGACAAAAAUCAAAACCCCAAAACAUCCCUAGGGCUUCCAACAAAACCCCAAAAUAUCCGUGGACCAAAAAUUAACCAAAAUCCCAUUCCGAGAUUCUGAGCCUUAAAAAACCACAACCGCAAAAUAAGUUUGGUUUUACUUUUUACUCGCAGAACUACGAGGCCGGGAUACGCUGGCACCACCAAGAAUCUUCAGAUUGUUUUGAAUACCUCCCCCCCCAAAAAAAAUAUAUAUAUAUAUCACUACUUAGGUCAAGCCACACAAAAAAAUACUUUCCAAAUUUUCCUACCCAAAAAAUUCCAAAAUCGAAAGUUUCAAACCCCAAAAAAUCCUUACAUCAUCCUCGACACUUGAAACCCGGAGUACCCCCCUGUGUAUCCAACGGGAUGUCUGUAUUAAGCGGGUUGAAUUUAGAGAAAAUGUAAAGGCUUUCUUUCUCCAGGGACAAGGAAAACUUGUCCGUAAUAACGAGGUGUCCGUAUGAAGCGGGUAGGUCUGACUGUAUUCGAUAAUUCGCAAUAACAGGAUACUUUCCUAUAAUAUUUCUGCUUAUCAUUUAUGUUUAUCAGCCAUAAAUAAACAGACUUAGGCGCUGCUUUCGGCCACCAAGCUGUUCCUACUAUUUGUAAACUUUGGCUAUUCACUGAAACUGAAACGAAAAGAAUCAACUGCUUUCUUGUUGUAACUUUAAGAAUCAUAUCAAUAACAAUGUGUCUUGACCACCCGCCUCCACCCCGGUCCGUUUUGUAAAGCUAAAUCCAAAAAGAAAGAGCCAAGAUGACAUCUCUCUGAUUCAUGGCUUACUUCGCAUGUUAGCCAGGAAAAGAAAUAGUUUGCCGUAUUUGGAAAAGAUAUUAAAGCUCCAAGUUUCAUUGUCACAAAGCAUCAUUAAUUUCUGAGAGAUGAGGACGUACGAUGAGAUCGCGCCGCCAGUUAAUAAGUAAAUUAUAGCCUGGGUGAUCACGGUUUUACUAAUUCCAUACAGGGCAAAGUUACUAGAAGGAUUAUUCCUCAUAUACAUGUAUUCCUGCAAUUUUUGUUCAUUCGUCAGGUUUUUACCCAUCUUCGGCCUAUCUGAUCUGAUCGAAAAAAAGAUUUGGUACCAGAUAGCAUGCUUGUUUUCAAGCUGACAGCCCAUGCCCCUUACAAUGCCUUGAUGCCUACUCUCCUUUUCCGAAAAUGUUUAAAAAUCAUUUCCAAGUUCUCAAACUCAUUAAUAAUCCAUAAAGAAAAUACAAAAUAGAUUAAUGUUGUGUGUUUGGACAUCAGAUGAAAAACUUGUCAUUUUUGCAUCCUUAAUUUCUCCUUCAAUAAUCAUUUUGUUUGAGAAGUAAUAUCAAGCAUUCGAUACAGUGUUUCAUUACCAGCUCAAUCACCUCAAAGUUCGUCAAAAAUACUCCGCUGUGCGUCGUAUUUUCAACUCUCUUGUCGGUGUUUCAUCUGGUGAUGAAACACUGCGAUCUUGAUAUAUUACUUAUAGCAUUGUCCACACUUUCGGUAGAAGUCUCACUUGUAGUAAAACCAACAUGAAAUUUUCUCAUUUUAGGUGGAAGGAAGUACUCGAAGGUUCUGCAUUUAAGACGUUAAUAGAAAAGCUCCCAGAUGUUGCAGAAAUUGUUCUUGAUCAGUGUGUCACCUACAGUCCUUUGCCUCCAUCGCACGAGGACUUCACCGUCAAGUUCAACAUGAGAUAUAUUGAUCCCUACAUGUAUUGUUAUAAAUAUACUGACUUCCCCCCUGCAAUCAUGGCCAAACAUAAGCGAGAAAGACUGUUGAAUCAUCUUGUUACACAAGUGUUACUUCGUGUGAAGUGGAUGAAGCUUGGAAAGUUUCUUACUAUUUUUAAUCUUGUUUUUUUCGCUGUUUUUGUCAUUCUCUACUCUAUUUUCAUUUUAAACGCAAGAUCUAGAAGUACACUGCUGUCCGGGAAAAAGGCCGAACAACUAAAUCAAGCAUCAGAGCUAGGAAUAGCAACUCCUAUCGUACUUCUUGUUUUGUUGUUUUACCAAUUUAUAAAGGAAACGAUCCAACUUACUUUGAUGCGAUUGGCCUACUUCCUGGACCUCUCAAACUGGAUGGAGACGGUAAUGUUUGUAUUGGCGUUGAUUUUUAUCCUUCCAUUCAUAUUUGGUGAGAAUGUCAAAGCUGUAUACAGUGAUGUACAGUGGAAUUCAGGGAUUGUUGCUCUGCUGCUAUGCUACGUCAAUUUGACAUUAGCUAUCCGUCGAUUCGGCGAACUUGGUUUAUACGUGACAAUGUACAUUGAAGUGCUCUGGACUUUUAUUAAAGUGAUAACCUCCUUUCUCAUCACUUUGAUUGGUUACUGCCUGGUGUUUUACGUGUUACUGAAGGGUCAGGUAAGAACUGUACUGGAGAGAUCGAAAGUAAGCAUUAUUGACUCCUUCUUUAGAGGUAGUAACAGGAAGCUUGAGCAAAGGCGUUUUUGAACAACGCACGUCAACGGGAAGUCGAUUUAUUGCAUUCGUUUGCCAGUGGUUUUGCCCAAAAUUUCAUCUGGGGGAAACAUCGUUUCUAUGAAAGUAAAAAUAAUUAGCAGUUCAUAUUUGUUAGCCCAAAGAUAUUUUAAAAGAGAGAACGCCUCACUUCCGAUUGACUAUCGCCUUUGCUUAAUCUCCCUAAUACCGUUACUACAUGAGGUGCCAAAUGACUAUCUGUCUCUCUUCCAACACUCGUGGAAGAUAAGUCACAUUUUUUGCAUAGCGCACUUAUGCUUGCUUCCUGGUGCUGGGGCUAUUCCACAUGAUCUUUUUUAACCCUCUUAAUUUUUUCCACUUUGUUAUAAGCCAACUAGACUAAGCUGGCAUGCGCCAUUCGUUUACUUUAAGCAAUGCGUACUGAGAGUCCUAAUGGGUGCUAGUCUCACUAUCAUUAAGAGCACGUGCAGAUGUAUUUAGGUCCACUUCAUUCAAAUGCAUUGGUUCCGAUGAAGAAAAUAAUUGUCGAUUCAGUCUGGACAAAUUAAACGUCGCCCUGCUGGAGACAAGAUCGAGAGUAGGCCAUUCUCAAGGUGAUGACAUUUGACUACAACUUCUAGGAGCCAUUUCUUUUUUUUUCUUUCUUACAUUUGGUCAAUCCCGCUGAGGUUAAAAAAAAACCGAAAGCCUUUAUUUGUACAAGGAAACAACAAACUGAAGCAUUCUGGUAGUUGUAAGACAAUAUUGCGUCAUCGUGCAAUUGUCCUAUUCAGCGGGUCACCCGAUCGGCGUGAAGGGCCUUCCUCCGCGCUGUUUCAAGACCCAGAGCGAUCGGGAUCGGAGACGAGACCUCCCGCUCUGCAGGCAAGAUUUCUACCAGUUGUAUUGACUGCGGGGGCGUCGCUACCCGUACGGCUGUUCGCACGGACGGAGCUGAACAAAUGUCAACUGAAAAAACUGGGUAGGGUUGACUUGUAAAAUGUGCGUACCUCUGGAACAUUUCUAGCUGCACCUCUACCUACUUGGCAUUGGACACUUUAUCCUAAAACAGACGAGGUGAUAUCUGACAAAGUACCUUAUUAACGACGAAUUAUCUCUUUUGUCACCUUGCAGGGUAAUUUCUCGACCUUUUUGUUUGCCAUGGGAAAAAUCCUUGUCAUGAUGAUUGGCGAACUAGACUAUACUGAUAUUUUGGUGGUCGACUGGUCCAAUGAAGCCACGGUACCAUUGCCUAUGAUCACCAUUGGACUGUUCUUCCUUUUUGUCUUGACAGUCUCUGUUGUACUGGUCAACCUGCUGGUAGGUAUAGCGAAACUACUUUUGUCAAAAAGGUCAACACUAAUCGAGACUCUUUGUACAAAUUAUAUUCUUAAGUGACAAUCUGGAUACGGUUCUGAUGACAACAAGUAAGGGGUAGUGUUGUUAGGACGGGUGACCAGACGAGUGUUCAGACAAUGGAAGAAAAUAGAAACGCUAAUACAUUUGAAAUUCUGCAUGAAAAAUUUGUUUGUUCGUUAACUUUGCUUUUUUUUUUAUAAAGUACAAUGCUUCUUGUGACGAGUUUUGGUCACGUCACCAUGACCCCAUCUUUCUAUUAAAUCUUGACCCGAUUUUGGCAGUUUUUCUGACAAGUGGCGAAUAUCCAAAUCGCGGAUUUCAAAUUGCCCUUUUUUUAAUUUAUGAAGCAGUAUUUCCAGCCAUGUGAGGUCACAACAUAUGAUAUAAUUGAGCUGAGACAACGUUGAUCUGCGUCGAAAUCUUCAAGUUUCAACGCUUCCAUUUCUGUAUGAUAUCUGGGCAAACAUCUUAACGACACUCACAAAAAAAUGGUUAAACCUCAAAAUUGGAUAACAUGUGCUUUACUUGGAAUCACGAAACCAACAGCCUUUUUGGUUUGAAAGCAGAGGGAGUGUUACAGUAUUUUUGAAGUACUAUUCAUGCAAAGAGUUCUGAGACUAGGGUCCAAGAAUUGAGAUCCUGCGGUACUCCGUGCAUGAUGUGAAGUGUGCUUGAUAGCUUGUUUCUAAUGUGCGUACAUUUUGUAUCGUAUUACUAUCAUCAUCGCCAUGAAAAUUAUUGAAUUUUGUUUCCUGUUUUGUAGGUUGGUUUGGCAGUUGGAGACAUAGAUUCAAUAAAAAGGACAGCAUCUUUGCGAUCUUUAAUAGAUCAAACGUUAAUUGUGGAGAAGCUUGUAAAGUACUACCCGAGGUUUGUUCUCCGUUAUGCACAUGACAGAGACAUGGAAAUAAAGCCAAACCGUAAUACUAUGGUUAAAAGGUGA